CAAAAAAAAAAAAAAAGAGUGUUAACCUUGUCUCAGUAAGAAGCAGACAAACACCAACUUUAUAUAACGUUAAAAAUAUAGACAAAAAAUAAACUGGGAAAAAUACAUUAAUAACAUACGGGCAGGUUAGUAUCCUAAAUAGUUAAGAGCUUUGAUUAAUCAGUUUAAAAAUGGAAACACCCAUUAUACACAGGAAAGAUUGCUUUUAUUUAGAGGGGUGAGCAAAUAACCUAGAAUGAUUGUACUUGCAAAGUUCUAGGUUUUAUGGCUCAGAAACCAUGUGGAUCGAACUUUGAAUCUAGCCAAGAGGAUUUCUGGUAGGUCCUAUUUUAGGACAGAUGCAAUACUGUUGAAACGCCAACCUGCUUUGGUUCAGACAGCUGGCUUUUCAGCUAGGUCGCCAUUUCUUCUUUUUUUCUUACUGACUUACUGAACUUAUGAAACCAUGGCGGAAAGAGAGACACAGUCACCUGGACCCAAAAAGUGUGGUCCCUAUAUCUCAUCUGUGACUAGCCAGAGUGUGAACUUGAUGAUUCAAGCAGUAGUCCUCUUUUUUAUUGGUGUAUUUCUUGCAUCAGUGUUAAAUUUUUUUCAGAUUCAGAGAAACGUGACGCUCUUUCCACCGGAUGUGAUUGCAAGCAUCUUUUCUUCGGCAUGGUGGGUACCACCGUGCUGUGGCACAGCUUCAGCUGUGAUUGGGUUAUUAUACCCCUGCAUUGACAGGCAUCUAGGAGAACCACAUAAAUUUAAAAGAGAGUGGUCCAGUGUAAUGCGGUGUGUAGCUGUCUUUGUUGAUAUAAAUCACGCCAGCGCUGAAGUGGAUUUUUUUUUUGUCUUUUUGUCUCUUUUGUUGUUGUUGUUGUUGCUAUUUCUUGGGCCGCUCCCUCGAUUGUAUUACACUUUGGAAUAUUUACAUUAA